AUGAAGCUCGACAUGGGCGGCGCCGCGGCCGUGCUGGGCGCUGCAAGGGCGCUGGCGGAGCUGCAGCCAGAGGGCAUCCAGGUGCACUUCAUCACCGCGUCCUGCGAAAACAUGGUAUCCGGCCGCGCCACGCGGCCGGGGGACGUGCACCUGUCGGCCGCAGGUUUGACCGUGGAAGUCAACGACACAGAUGCAGAGGGCCGCCUGACGCUGGCAGACGCGAUCUGGUACGCGCAAGAGCAGGCCGGUGCCAAGGCCAAAUCUGGGGCCGGCCAGUUCAUAGCGAUCUGA